AUGUCGCAGCUUGUGCUGCUGGACGGCGUGGGCGGUCUGCAGGCGGUGGCUUCGCUGCGCGACCACGCCGUGUACCGGGCGCUGAACGCGCGCAACCAGUUCCGCGCGCCCACCGAGUGGGGGCUCUGCCUGCGGCCCAGCUCCAGCUCCAGGGUGGUGGCGGGCGGGGGCGGCCCGGGGGCGCUCUUCUGCGUCGCCUGCGAGUCGGAGCGCGCCAGGCUGUGCUGGCUCACCGCCAUGCGGCUUGCCAAGUAUGGCAAGCAGCUACGGGAGAACUACCGCUCGUUCAAGAGCAAGUGUACCGAGUCUGGCUCCAGUCCCAAGGAGUACAACAGCUACUCCGUGCCCAAUGAGAGCGUGCGGUCCCGCGUGGCUAUGGACUUCACGGGCAGCGUGGGGCGCAUCGUGGACGACCCGCAGGAGGCGCGCGCCAUCGCAGCCGCGGAGGGCUACUCGUGGAAGCGGCGCUGGCGGCCGCCCAGGCCGUCCGCCCCCGGCGCCGCCCCCGCCGCCGCCCCCGCGCCCGCCACCGGGCUGGCGGCCGGCGUGCACGUGGCGCAGCCCUGGUUCCACGCCGGCAUGACGCGCGAGCAGGCCGCGCAGCUCGUCCACCGGCACGGCUCCGUCGACGGGGUGUUCCUGGUCCGAGAGAGCCGCAGCUCCCCUGGGUCGUUCGUGCUGACCUACAAGUGCGGCGGAAAGGUCAUCCACACACAGAUACAGCCGGUGGUGGACACUGCCCGUGACGCAGUCUGCUACUCGCUGGACAACGGCAGCACCAAGUUCUACGACCUGCUGCAGCUCGUCGAGUUCUACCAGCUCAACGCCGGCCGCCUGCCCACGCGCCUCACCCACUACGUCGUGCAGGGCCCCGCCGAACACAACUCCGUCACCUACUGAGGGCGGCAGUCCCGAGACGACACCCGACCAUCCUGUCGAGGAUCUGACGCUGUCGGAGGAACCUCCCGGCGUCCCGGACCCCGAUGCGGCCAGUAUCUACGUGGAGUUGUAUUGCCGGCCGCGUACUCUUGCCGGCCCGUCGGUUCACACGUUUGAUCUGUGCCUCGGUGGUAAUACCCUGUAGCGUUUCGAGAACUGGACCGUGGUCACACUGUGUAAGCCGGCAAAGACUAGAGAAUUGUUGUGGUGUACCGGAAUAGCUUCCAGCGUGUACUGGAAUAGCUUCCAGAAACUUCUGUCACCGUAGGAUUCUCCUGUUUACCACUAUGGAGAGGUAAAACCCUCUCACUAUUUGUCGCACAUAUUAUAGCAUUGCGUGCAGACUUACGCAACCCAGCCCGACUUACAAAAUGAUGCGUCUUGUAAAUUAUAUUGGUGCAUUUAUUCCUUUAUCCUCCCGUGAACAUUGUGCACGGUAUUAAUGUAUUUUGUAAAGAGUACGGCAUGCCGUCAUUAUAUAUGUAUACACUUAUGUACAAUGGACAUCUGCAUAAUAAUGAAUCAAUGUUAACAACUUAUUAAUGUAAUUGAGUUUCGUGCAACAUGUGUAAUUAUAUGAAAUAUAAAUGCAUGGCACAGUGCAUUGUUGGAGAAUACAUACAAAAAUACUGAGCAGACUUGCCAAAAUUUGAGCUUUUUUUAUUAUUGUUUCUUAAUUUUUUUGCUGAGUCAUCAGUCUUGCACUUGGCUAUAUAUGACCCACUACAGUUUUAUCUUCGGUUUCAAUCUCUUAGCACUUAAACACUUAGCACCUCAGUUAUUUGCUGGAUGUUUACCAGUCUCUGUCUCUGUCUUCCUCUACAGGCUUUGCCAUCUAUGGCUCCCUCUAGUACCACAGAAGUUAUUCCCUGAUAUCCUAGCACACGCCCUAUCAUCCCGUACUUACAGCAAUCAGAGUUCCUCAUAAUUUAUCGGUCCACCUAAUUUUCAGCACCUCAAAUUCUCUGUUUCCUAUUCUCCCACAGUUGAAAUUCUUCUGCACCCAGACAAGUUUCAGAAGAGAAAUCGUAUUUUAAAACUAAUGGACAUUGUGUGGCAUGUUGUUGGCCGACUUCUCAUCUUUUUUGGAUCUGUAAACGAGUGGCUACCAAAUUGAGAUGCUCUCAGUUCACCCUACUGCACCUUCAUAUGUAAUUUAAAAAUGUGAAGUUCCAAAUGAAUAUCACCGCUUGUAAUUUUCUCUCACGAUGUCACCCACUUCAUUUGUCAUAAAAUGAUCUCAGUUCUGAUGUUUCUGUCCGUGUCUUAUCAUCUUGCCUCAAUGUCUUAAGCCUGACUUCCGUAAGACAGAACAUGUCAUUUAGAGGUAAUUUUAUGCAUUAUUGCAUUACAGUGCAAUCUGUUACUAAUUCUAUCUGCACCGAACACACUUGCCGACACAGUUUUGAGAUUUGACCCCUCAAAUGGACAUUGUUACCUUGCCAGAACUGUGUUUUGUAAACUUUGGAGGGAUGAGGUCAUCUUGUAGAAGAGGCCGGUAUGCAAAGCACACGCUACUGAUUGUGUACGCUACGUGGGACAAUCUGGCAUCGAUGAUAAAUCUUGAGGUAGCCUGAUGUAUUUUAAAAGCGUUUAACAGCUGUCUAAAAUUUUUAAGAAGCAUUACGCAUGUUUCUGCAGCUAAUUGUCAUCUGCAGCGUUUUGUCUGUCAGACAUUUGUAUGUGUACAUAAUAUUUACAGUGGCUCUUUGUAGCACAAACUAUUUAUUAAUGAAAAUUCUUUGAAGUAAUAAAAUAUAUCUACACUAUCAUCGGUAUCAACAUCCUCACCAUCAUUGAAUGAGUACUGUACAAUAUAGUGUAUAUAAACAAAUAAGCAAGCAAUCAGUUGCCACAAACCUUACCUUCAUCUGCAGAAAUAUUUCUAAAUGCUUUAUGUAUUGAGUAAUGCACGUGCGUGUGUGUGUGCAUGUGUGUGUGUUGCAUUGGAAUUUAUUUUUCGAUUUAUCAGAGUAACAUACGAUCAGUGAAUAAUGUUUAGGUGCUGAAUCUAUAAAUAAAACUAUGUAUGCCAGUCUUGCAUGAUUGUGUCUGAUAACAGUGUUGUGUAUAUAGUUGUAAUAACCAAGAUGAUUUAAAGCUCUGUAAGUGAUUAAACAUUUUAGUUCAUGAUUUUAAUUUAUUACAAAUUGCAGUGAGAAAAGUAAGUGAAGUAGUUGUAUAAACAGAGUAAUAACUGAAUUGUGAUUUGUGUGUAAUGUAUAACAGAGUAUCAUAUAUCAUUCGCAGGAAAAUGUAAAGAAAAUUUAUUUGCAAUGUAAUGUUAUAUAUGUUUGUGAAUCAUCAGUAUUUAUUAUAUAGAAACAUUAGCCUUUAGAGAAGCAAGUUGAAAUAAGUAUUUAUCAUGACAAUACAUAUCUCGUCAGUUACUGCUAAUACCGUUGUUUCGAAAACGACUCUUUGCGAAUUUUGCAUCGGCAAUCCUGACGAAUGAGAUAAAUGUAAUAGCAGUGGAAGUGAAUUGUAGUAAGUGUCUUAAAAUACUUUGACAUUGAAACUGAGGCUAUUGAGUUGCUACUGAACAGUUACAACUCAGCAAGUAAUAACAACAUUAUUAUUUCUUAUGUAUUAAUGUGUAUUUAGGAAGACUUUUGAACUAGAUCUGUGGAGUGGGAGAGAUACAAAGUUUAGUUGUAGUAACUGUAAAAAUUAAAGAGUAAUAUAUUUUUGUACAUUUGUGGUAAAACUUUAUCUUUGCCAAAGUAUAUAGAAGUGCAGGAAGUUUUCCUCGGCCAUGGCAAUCAUCUGGUUUUUGGUUUUAUUAAAGUGUUUGUAUUGUAUAAGUAGUGAGAAGCGGUGUGGCAGAUGUGAGAACUUCCUGGCGGAACCAGUGUCUCUCUUUUUGUUAUUGAUUUUGUGUGUGUUAAUCCUCGUGCUGUAUAAAAGGGUUGUACAUUGCAUUGUAUUCUGCACAUCUCUAUAACAGAAUGAUUGAGCUAUCAGUAUAUCUCUGUACGUUGAAAAUGAAUGAUACUUUUUGAUUUGAGAUCAGGAGAAGUUCAUUCUGCAGCAAGCAAUAAGUGUUGUCCACUGUGGAUAUUGACAGCAAUAACUUGGUCAAUCAUAUCUUCAUUUCCAGUGUUAUAACUGCGGACGUGGCUAUCGUAUUUUGUUGUGACACUUAACACUAACUGAAUCCAGAUAUACUGUAUACGAUACGUCGGUGCAGUUGUCGGGCAUUACCACUGGAGACGAGAUGCAAAUGUUAAUUUGUGGUAACUAUGACAUUCUUAAUGUCUAGUUGUGGUGGCUAGUGUUCUUUCCCGACACAAUCACAUUCAUAUUUGUGCCACUAAAGGCUUUCUUGAAGAAUUACUCUUACAAAUGUUUCUCUUGUGAAACACUGGAUAUCAUUAUGUAAUUCCUGAAAUAUUUUGCCAAUGCAAUUGACCGACAUCUUCAGGUGCGACAAAUGCACUGUUGAGCUAUGGCUGAAGCCUCCUGUUUACUCCAGUCUAAAAUGGGAAAACGUUUUUGGCCACAGAAUUUGACACAUUUCUGUGCGAGCUACUUCAAUGCUCAGUGUAAAAUAAUCGUGCGUGGACUUGACGAGAGGUACCUUUUUCACCCGAG